AUGGGGCGGAAGCGCCUGGUGGGGAAAACUGCAGCGCCCGGUUCUCGAGGGCGCGGUGCUCUGUUUGGUCUCCCGGCCGUGGGCGCUUUUGCGGCCGUGCUGGCGGACGGCAGCGUGGUGACCUGGGGCGACCCCAGCUGCGGCGGCGACAGCUCUGCAGUGCGGCACCGGCUGCGCGGCGGCAUCGAGCGGGUGUACGCCACGUCAUGGGCCUUUGCCGCGGUGGCGGGCGACGGGAGCGUGGUGACGUGGGGCAGCGCGGAGGGCGGCGGGGACAGCGCCCGCGCGGCCGAGGGCUUCGCUGCCGGCGUCCGCGACGUGAGCGCCACCUGCCGCGCCUUCGCGGCGGUGACGCGCGGCGGCGCCGUCGUCGCGUGGGGCGACCGGCACUGCGGGGGCGACUCCAGCGCGGUGGCUUCGCGGCUCGCUGGGGGCGUCCAGCGGGUCUUCGCCACCUCGUCGGCCUUCGCGGCCGUGCAGGAUGGGGCGGUGGUUACCUGGGGCCAGUGCGGCGGCGACAGUAGCGUCGCCGAGCCAAUGCUGCGCACGGGCGGGAUUCGGGAGCUGGUCUCGACGCUGGGGGCCUUCGCGGCCGUCAAGGACGGACAACGCUAUCGUGACCUGGGGCUGGGCUGGGCACGGGGGCGGCCUGGUCGAGCUGCCCGCGGACCUGUGCGGGGGGCAGCCUGGGCGGGCGUGAUGCCCUCUGUGAUGCCCUCCAUGCCCUACCGUCCUCUCGGGGACGGUCAAUAG